AUGUCUAUUCUUUUCGGGAAGGCUUGGCAUAAGGCUUUGAGUGUUGAUGAUAGGCUACGUCGAGUUGGUAUCCCUAUUGUCUCCAAAUGUGAUUGUUGCUGUGUUGGUCACUAUGAGGACAUAAAUCAUGUUCUAUUUGAGGGCGAUUUUCCAAGAAAAAUUUGGUUAACAUUCUCUAAUCUUUUUGGGUUACCAAUGGGUAGAAAUUGGGAACAACAUGUUUCCUCUUGGUUCCGACGUGCUAAGUCAUCUUCUCAGGUGGGGUAUAUUGUGGGCCUCAUGCCUGUCAUUAUUACUUGGAGACUUUGGAGGCAAAGAUGUCUAGCACGAAUGGAGGGUUCUUUAGAAUCCUAUGAUAUGGUUAUUAAGUCAAUAUCUUUUUGGGUUCGAUCGCUUGGUCUGAUGGGUGAAAAGUUUCAUACUUUAUCUCGCUUUGAUGGUAUGAUCCUGGAGGCUUUAUGCAUUAGACCAAUGCCUUUAAAAGAAAGGACUUGUAAAGUGGUGCAGUGGCAUAAAUCCCCAUUAGGAUGGUUUAAAUUGAACACAAAUGGUAGUAGUCUUGGGAACCCGGGCUCUUGUGGUACGGGUGGUGUUAUUCGCCAUGCUACUGGACAACUAGUGAAAGCCUUUGCCUCUCCUAGUGGUAUGGGUUCUAAUAAUAAAGCAGAACUCCUUGCUCUCUUAUAUGGUCUGCGGGAGUGCACUUCUCUCCAUCUUUCUAAUGUAAUAGUAGAGGUUGACUCUAUGGUGAUUAUUUCGUGGUGGCAUAGAGGUCAUUGUGGGGUUUGGUAUUUGGAGGAUUAUUGGGAUGAAAUUGUUGUUUUAGCCCAUUCCAUUAAUUGUAAAUUCCAACAUGUCCUACGAGAGGGUAACAAAGUAGCGGACUGGUUGGCUAAAGCUGGUGCGGUUGGAGUUUCUUCAGAUUAUUCUAAUACUUCUUCCAUGCCUCGGGUUCUCAGAGGCUUGAUUCGGUUAGAUUUAUUAGGGAUUCCUUCUAUACGUUGUUGUUAA